UUUUUGAUGUUAAAAAAAUGUCUUAAAUAAUAAAUAAUACGAGGGCGCGAAGAUUUGAAUUCCUCUGGGCUCGACCGGAGACUUCAAUCGAUUAAAAUUCUAUUAAAAAAACAUCUAAUCAUAAUUUUCACCUUUUUUUUUUCUUCUUUUCGGUCUUCUGGCGCGGCCGGAACGCGAUUUUUCUUCCCUGGAUCCCCCCUCUUCAGAAACUGUUGAGAAUAAAGAGGGUGGCAUCUAGAAAGAAGAAGGGAAGGAGGGAUGAGGUGGUUUAUUGAGAGAUAAAGACGGGCCGGAGAGUUUUUCUUCUUCUUCUUUGGGUGGUACAAGAAGAAGUUUCUUUUUUGGCUCUGGGUCUCUAUUGUAUUACACGGAAGAGAGCUUAGAGCGAAAAUGCUGGGCUACAACAGUCCAGGGAGGGUGAGAGUCUCGUAUAGUUCCAGGGAGAUGUAUAUAUGCAUGUCUAUAUCUAUCUAUCUCUUUCUAUCCAUCUAAUAUAAAAGAAGAGGGUGGUUUUAUAAGCGGGCGGCCCGUCGACAAUUUUCUUUUCUCAAGAUAACCCCCUCCUCUUACUAACCCCCCACCACCACCCACCGUCCACCCCACACCGUGCCCACCGAAAAGUCACAAAGUCCUGCCCACUUUUCCAUCACAAAAACCGGAUACGAGGCACGACGCAAGCGCAUACGAAGCUCAGCUACUACAAAGUUCCACUACUACCGUGUCAGCUCCUCAUACGACUCGCCAGAGUCAGUCAGACUACUGUCAACCCCCCCCCGCCCGAUCCGUGCUGCUCCCCCCUUCUGUGUGUUUGAAGAAGAUCAAACAAACAAAACCAAAAAAUCUUGUAACCGAAUCCAAUUUGUAUUUUCCCGCAUCUUUUUAUCGUGCAGACGUCCACCACCUUUUUUCGGGCCGCAGUCGCAUCCGCCGCAGAGGUUUGAAUCGAUCGGUUAAAGUGAUGUAACAAGAAGAAAAAUUAACAAUUAUUUGAAUCGCCCGCCGAGAAAAAAGAAACAAAACAAAAACACUCUAUAAAACCAACCAACCGUGUCGUCUUCUAGUGAAUGUAGUUUGCAUCUGGGCCCCUCAAUCAUCCAUCAAAAGAUGAUGAGAAGAGCAGCAGGAACUAGCGCCGUCGUUGCAGCAGCCGACCGACGUCGUCGACAUGGUGGCGGCUCCUUUCCCGCUUUAAUGCUGGGCAUGACCGUCGUUGUCGUCGCCGCCGUUCUGGCGACAUCUCCCGGCUCCUUGUUGCUACCAGGAGCCUCAGCCGCCGUCCAGACGACCGUCAAAAACGUCCAGCAACAGCAGCAGCAGCAGCAACAACUACGUGUCAAACCGCAGCCGUCGUCGUCUGUCGCUUCUUCCGGCCUUCCGGUUCCGGAUCUUCUAGAAUCACCCGACGCCAAAUACGACCCCAAACCCAAAGAUAUCGACGCCGCCGCCCUCAGACUCAGACUCAAAGAUCAUUUCGACGGACGAUUUAUGUCGAUUGGACAGCCCAAGGAAGCCAUUCUGUACCCGAACGGCACGGCCGAAUACCCGGUCCGCUACAACAACAAUUUGUCGCCCUCGAGGCGCAACGUCCCCGGCCGCUCAAAGUGGAACCUCGGCUCGCUGCAGCUGCCGGACGGCAGCCGAGUGCGGACGCGCCUGUCGCGCAAAGUCCGCAAGAAGUUGGAGAAAUUCCUCUGGCUCUACACUCAAUGCCCCGUCAUUUACCGGUGGAAGGAUCUCGGUUCGCGCUACUGGCCCCGCUGGAUCAAACAGGGACGAUGCCACGCCAACCAGUCGUGCUCCUUCCCACCGGGAAUGACCUGCCGCGCCUCCGAAGAGCGUGAAGUCGUCAUUUUGCGCUGGCACUGCCAGUACUGGGAUCCGCCCCGCUUCUGCAAAUGGAUCCCGCUCCAUUACCCGAUCGUUCGGCAGUGCACCUGCGGCUGCUCGGCCACGAAAUCCAUCAAUUGAAUCUCCUUUUUUAACUCUCUCUCUCUCUAUCUAUCUCUGAUUUUGAAUUUCCCGCGACAACAUAUUUUGAAAACUCCCCUCAACGAUUGGACGCAACAUUUUCUAAAAAAGAAGGAAAAAACCAAAACGAAACUUUUUAUCAAAUAAUCAAAUGCCAGCUAUAAUACUCAUUGCACAUGCACAACCCCCCCCCCCCAAGUAACAGUUGCAUUCCCACUUUGACAACGUAAAAAAAAAAAAAUCAAUCACAACCCAAAAAAGACAACAAUUGGCAUUCCACAAUUUCUCUCCCCUCCACCAGUCUGCUGCUGCUGCCCACCACGACAAAAAAAAAAUAAAAUCUAAAAAAAAAGGAAAGAACAAAAUAGAAGCCCGUCCAUUGAAAAAAGAAAAUGUGGCUGACGUUUUGAUACGCACAAAAGAAGAAAAUCUUUUCGCAAAUUUUUGUUCUCCCCAAACUAUUAUUAUCCUAUUAUUCCCCCCUCCCCAGCCCGCUGUCAAUCGAAAAUUUGUAAUCGAAAGCGCACACAUAUUUCUAACCAGUAUUUUUUGGUCCCCUUUUUUCCCCUUCAUCACCUUAAUAUUAUUAUAUAACUUUUUAAUUGAAUUCAGUAACGAUCCUAUUUUGAUGACAAUUGAUAUAUGAUAAUAGUCGGCAAUAAUCCACCCCCCAAUAUGUCUCUGUGUGUUGUGUGUGUAGCUAUAUAUAUAUGAUAUACAUAUGAAAAGGAGAGAAAAGAAAAAAAAAUUAGGGUUUGUGGGAUUUUUCUCCCGGCCGUUUGAAACCUCCCGCCCUUUCUCUCCUCCCGCAGUAUUAUUUUUACACCCCCAAAAAAACAGCAUUGAAAAACGCACACGCUCUAAUCUUUUUUUUUUUAAACAUGCUUUUACUCGAGCUAUACUAUCUUUAUAACGAUUUUUACCGCCCCGUCAGAGCAAAAUUUGAAACAAAAACAAAAUUAUAAAAAAAAAAAUGUUCAAAUCUUGUGUGCCGCAUUUAAAUCUCGCUGUAAAUAAUGAGGGGAAGAAGGGAAAAAAAAUUAACAUGCUCGUUACUAGACAGACACGCAACAAUGUCGAGACGAUAUUUUGUAAUCCAGCCAUAGUCGUGAUUUUUUUUGUAUCUCCACUUGUCACAAGGGGGUAGAGGGAGGGAAGGAGAUUUGGGUUUGUGGAGGCAAAGAAGAAAAAGUUAAUUUUUUUUUUGUCGACAACUGUGUUAAGAGUUGACUGCGGAGUCAAGCUUGCAGUUGGAGCAGCGUGUACUGAACGAGGAACUCGUCCGAGAGCGUUCGAUCGAGCGUCAUUUUGGCCCGGUGGUGCAAGUUACCCACCCGAGUCGGGUCGCCGCGUUCCAAUUCGAAUCGGAUGAAGCGAAGCCAGAUUUCUAUCAAAAGGCAACAAAAGAAGAAAUUUUUAAAAAAUUCAUUGGAAUGUGUGUGAAAAAAUAAAAAAAAGUUGAUUAAGGAAAUUCGACAUGUAAACGGAUCUCAUGUGAUGGCUUUGUAACUCCAUUUCCUAUCCCCCACCCCCAACCCAUCAUUUGGAAUAUAACGUUUUACAUGUUGUGUAAAAA